AUGAGGAAAUUGUUUGUCAUAUUACUUACAUUGAACUUGGUUAUUAGGCCCAAAAAUGUGUGGAUGAAGUGUGACAUCACCUUUCAAAGGACGUACAAGGUAACAGAUGGAAAGUAUUGCAAGAAAAAGGAAAGUCAAAAGAUUGAAAGGCAAUUAACUGAUGAACAAACCAUAGUAUACGAUACAAUCUUGAAAGAUGUAUCAUUGCACAAAGGUGGAUUGUAUUUCGUAUACGGUUAUGGUGUUACGAGGAAAACAUUUGUUUGGAAGGCAUUGUCUGCAAAAUUGCGUUCUAAGGGUGAUAUUGUAAUCAAUGUUACAUCCAGUGGUAUCGCGUCAUUGCUUCUACCUGGGGGAAAAUUGCACACUCCAAAUUUGCAAUACCCAUCCAUUGCUCUUAAUGAAGAUUCUACGUGUAACAUUAGUCAAUGUAGCCACCUUGCUAAGUUUAUUAUAAGGACAAAGCUAAUAAUCUGGGAUGAAGUAGCGAUGAUGCACAAGCAUUGCUUUGAAGCUCUUGAUCGAACAAUGAGGAAUUUGAAGCGAUUCAAAGACCCCUAA